UCACUUGAUAGCCUUAAAUUUUGAUUUGAACUGUUAUAAAUAUAUUUUUUUGCGUAAUUAACUCAUUUAUUUUUCACUUAUGUCGAUACUAUUACUAGUCUUAAGAUAUAUUCAGAUAUAAAGCAAUAUAUAAAAUAACAUUACAGUACAUAUUUAUUUGAAUAAUAAUAAUAAAGAUAUAGGUUAUAAACUUUUGUUAUUUUUACAAUGGACUUGUCAAAAAUUCCAAAUGACAGGAAAUUAUACCUUUGCAAAUGGUAUUUUCGAGCUGGAUUUGCUCUUCUACCAUUUCUAUGGGCUGUAAACGCUAUUUGGUUUGUUAAAGAAGCUUUUCUCGUUCAGCAAUAUGAAGAACAAAAACAGAUAAAAAAAUACGUAAUAUUUUCUGCAGUUGGAGCAACUAUAUGGUCAGCUGCUCUUAUAGCAUGGAUUAUUAUAUUUCAAACGCAAAGAGCAGCAUGGGGUGAGGUAGCUGAUUCUAUCAGUUACAUAAUUCCAGCAGGCAUUCCUUAAUGUUGUGAUACAAUUAUCUUUAGUUAAUUCAUAAUAAAUAAUUAUUAUGUGUUUUUAAUGAAGAA